GGAGUUCACCCGCAGCGCAGGAUCGGCCGGACUGCGACCGUUUGGAGUUUGCCCAGUCGUAUGGACCACAAACUAGGAUAAAGACUAUCAAAACCAAGCGUUAUGACAGAAGGAGUGGGCUGACCUGGGAGAGUUUUAUCCCUGCAAUCCAGCGACUGUAAAAAUUACAAUAAAACCAUUAGGAGGCAAAGAUUUGUUGGAUAUCAGAUCGUGCCAGUGGAGGUUAUUCCUGAUUAGCAAACUAGUCAUCUAUUAUUCUACAAGUUUGCGUGUGUUUGCAUUGGCUUACAUGAGCUUGUUUAUCAGGGUGUGUCUUUAUAGAUGUGUCCAGGUAGGUUAAAAUGGCUUUGUGGGGUUUAAAAGCAGGUGUGCAUUAGUCGGCGCUCCCUCAGAAUGGGAGAUGAGAGCAGCCAUCUCAUUUGCUGAUCAGAUCACGGACAGAUUAUCAGCCUAAAUGAGCAUUAGAAGAAGUCGAGCUCUGAGGUGUCUGAAUAGCUUGUUCUGAACAGUCUUAGCAUGUGUGAAUACAGCGAAGAACUGGUGGGAAAAGAAGCAAGAAGGCAACUAUUGAUGGUGGACUUUAUUCCAAACUGGUUAGUCCCUUCUUUUUGGACUUCAGUUUGACAGAAUCUCACCACUACACAAGCGCAGCACAGUAGAGCUGAUAUCACAACUGUAACUUCAACCAGAAGAUAGUGUUCUCUGCUUGCACUGAUACUGAAACGGGAUCACUCCAUCUCUGAUUCUGACUGAACGUGUUGGUGGACCCAUUUGUGAUUCUAUUAGUCAGCGCCACCAUGUAUGUUCUGUGCACACUGGUGUUGCUGUCUCUCCACAACCUGUUUAGGAGACCCAGGGUCUUGGAACCCUCUGAACCCAAGGCUAUCGAGGGUCCUGAGCAGCACAGACCAGAUGUCGCCAAACUGCGACGCAAGAAGAGGAACAAGCACACCUUGCAUGAAGGUUCUGGACCACUAGAGUCCUCAAGGGUCCAUGACUUUGAAAGAUGCCUGGAUGGACCCAGUAGAGCAAGUAAAAGAAGAUCCGUGCACCUGGAUAAUGUGCACAAGAGGAAGAAGAGAGCACAGCCGGUCCAGCAGUGUGUUCUGCUCGGCCCCGUGGUCAUGUACGGCACACGAAAGACCUGGGACGUCAGCCACACCCCCUGCCUGCAGGAGCUCUGGAACAAAGACCUCUCAUUGGAUGCGAGUUCCCUGGAUAUCUUGAUGAGUGAUGGUGAGGAGGAGAGCUCCUUCCUCUCGUUGCCCAACUCUGUCCUUCAGCGCCACUGUUUGACCUCUGACCUCUCUGAAACGGCCACCUCAGAACAGCAGCAGCUGCUCAUACAGACACUGCAAGAGAGAGUCUGUGAGUUCCAGGCACAUCUGCGCAGUGAAGACUCUGCCAAAAGACUCCUACUACAGCGACUGCAGACACACAACCACCAGCUCAACAAAGACAACCACCAGAACGAGGAACAUUCAUCCAUUAACCAAGAACCUCAAGAGCAGCCCAGACUGCAGGACAGCCAGCUCAACCAAACUGUGUCACCUACAGGUGGGAGGAGCUCUAGUGUUUUGACACAGAGGCCUGUGGAUUUCCCCAGCGCUGUACAAGUGAGUAAAGUUCACUCACAGGAGCAACUGCAAAAAGACGAGGGAGAACAACUCGCUCUCAUUGCAGGGCUGCGCACACAGGUCAGGGAGCUGGAGGAGAAACUAGUGGAUCAGACGCAGGAGGUGGAGAGACUGUGCUCUGAGCUGGGGGCGACAGAUCUGGAGAAACAGCUCGAGGUGCUGGAGAGUGAAAACCAGUGGCUCAAACAGGAGCUGAGGGCCAGUCAGACCCAGACCACCUGCUCUACCGGCCACUGCCACCACAGCCAGGAUGUGCAGGCCCUGCGUGGAGAGCUGUGUCGUAAGGAUGAGGAGUGCCGCGAGCAGGAGCGGCGACUGGCUGCGCUGGAGCAGCAGGUGCAGGAGAGGACAGGUGUGGUAGUUCAGCUGCAGCAGCAGCUGGAAGUGGCGUCACGUCUCAGGAGCCAGAGCGAGGAGCAGCUGACCUCACGGCUUCGUGAUGGUGAGGAGGCUCUGUCUCGCCAGGCUGCUCUGCCGCUGCAGGUUAAGUAUGUGACCAAGACGGUUGAAGUGGAGUCGGCUCAGUGUAAGCAGGCUUUAAUGGAGGCUCAGGCCCAUAACCAGGCGCUGCAGGAGCAGCUGAGUGUUCAGAGGCAGCUCCUCAGGGAGCUGGAACAGCAGCUCCACGAGUCCCAGAGAAGCAGCAGUCAGCUCCGCCAGCAGCUGAGGACGGACCGCAGCCGUCUGUAUGGUCUGCUCUCCAAGGCGGUGGGUGGGGGUAACGCCGAGGUCACCCACAGGCUAUCCAAGAUCCUGGUGUAUGAGGGUGAGAUGGAGAGAGCGCAGGGUCAGCUGGAAGCAGAGAUGCAGAGUCUGGAGGAGGAGAAGAACCGAGUGAUCGAGGAAGCUUUCAUCAGAGCCGAGAGUGAGAUGAAGGCCGUCCACGAGAACCUAGCAGGUGUGCGGAUGAACCUCCUGACGCUGCAGCCGGCUCUGAGAACCCUCACCUGUGAUUACAACUGUCUGAAGAGACAGGUGCAGGACUUCCCUUACAUGCUGGAGAAAGCCAUCACCGAGGCGAAGCAGGAGAUCUGUCAGGUGAUUGGAGAGGUGAGCAGUGCAAACCAAGAGCUGCUGCGCAAAUACAAGCAGGAGAUGAACCUGAGGAAGAAAUGUCACAAUGAACUGGUGCGUCUCAAAGGAAACAUUCGUGUGUUGUGCCGAGUACGUCCCAUAUGUGCUGGAGAAACAGAUGCUGCUGACACCAAAAACAUAGUGACCUUUGACCCUGAUGAUGAUGCUGUUCUCUACUUGUCCAAUAAGGGCAAGCUCAUGACCUUUGAACUUGACAAAGUCUUUCCCACUCAGGCCACUCAGGAGGAGGUGUUCCAGGAAGUGCAGUCUCUGGUCACUUCCUGUAUUGAUGGCUUUAACGUAUGCAUCUUUGCCUAUGGGCAGACCGGCUCUGGAAAGACCUAUACUAUGGAGGGUGUCUCUGAAGACCCUGGCAUUAACCAGCGUGCUCUGCGGCUGCUCUUCUCUGAAGUGUCGGCGAAAAAGCCCGACUGGGACUAUAAGAUCACCGUCAGCAUGGUGGAAAUCUACAAUGAGACACUUCGGAACCUGUUGGGUGACAAUCCCAAUGAGAAGCUGGAUAUAAAGAUGUGUCCAGAUGGCAGUGGACAGCUGUAUGUGCCAGGACUCACAGAGUUCACCGUGGAGAGCGUGGAGGACAUUAACAAGGUGUUUGACCUGGGUCACAUGAACAGGGCGACAGCGUGCACUAAUCUAAACGAGCACAGCUCUCGCUCUCACGCUCUCCUUAUCGUCACAGUGGCGGUUUCAACUCUUCCGGGUUUUAACUCUUCCACGGGCCACCGUACCUCAGGUAAGCUCAAUCUGGUGGAUCUGGCUGGUUCCGAGCGGAUUACCAAAUCCGGCGCCGAGGGCAGUCGUCUGCGCGAGGCUCAGUGUAUCAACAAAUCACUGUCUGCGCUGGGCGACGUCAUCAACGCCCUGCGCUCCAAACACUCGCACGUGCCCUUCAGGAACUCGCGUCUCACGUACCUGCUGCAGGACUCGCUCAGCGGAGACAGCAAGACCCUCAUGAUGGUGCAGGUGUCUCCUCUAGAGAGUAACGCCAGUGAGUCGGUUUGCUCUCUGAAGUUUGCUCAGCGUGUUCGGACUGUUGAGAUCGGGCCCUCGUCUUCCUCACGCCGCCAAGCAGAGAACUCCUCUACAUCCUCCUCUCCAACUCAUGACAGCGUGGAGCUGGAUUCUCCGCCCGUGACCCCUGUGCCGCUCCCCAUCUCAAGGGCUAGCAGUGCAAGUUCAACCCUCUCCUCCACCUCUAAAACCCCCACAACCCGACGGAGGUCCCACAGUCAGCUGUCCACAGAUAGACAGGUAGAAAGAAGAAGCCCAUUGGUUGGGGACGGUGGGCAGGACGAACGAAGUUGACGGCGUGAGGAAAACCUCUUGACCAAUCAGCUCCUUUCUUGAAUGAACCAAUGGAAGACUUUGAUUGCUGCAGGGGAGGAGCUUAACCGGCAAAUCAGGGUUGAUGUUGGGAACUGUGAUGACUGAAGUGACGUUCCUUUCGAUUGGAAUGACUGACGUAAUUUUACAGUGACAUACGUGAUUGAAACCGAUCAACACUCCCGCUGACCUCUCGACAACACCUGCUGCCUCAGGACGAGAAGACCCUUCUGUUAUGGCAAAGUAUUUCUGGGCAAUAAUGCACUUUAGUCUAGUCUAGGCUGUCAUUUGUAAUGUGUUACGUAAAUGCGAUUGAUUUCUAGAAGCUUGAAUGUACGUGUAUGUAUAUAUUCGUGUGUCUGAGCAAGAUUUAAAUUUUUAUUCCUUGAUCUUGAAGAGAUCUUGCUUUUCUUUUUCUUUUUUUUUCUGCAAGAACAAGUACAAAUUUCACACCCCAUAAGCUUUGAACAAUUCUGUGUUUCAUAGUGGCAAUAUGAAAUAAUGCAAAUGUUCAAAUCUCAGUAGCAUUUUGUGUUUUUUGUAUAUAGAAACUUGAAGGCCGUUGAAAGCCGGACCGUCUUCCUGAUCCAUGCAUGCAUUCAGCGCUCAUUCAUUUUAGGA